AUUAGUUAAUGUCCCUAAUAGUAUAUGGAGCAAAAUUAAUGAAGUAAGGCGUUUUAAUUUAUCUUGAGUGUUUAUUGUGGAUUUCAAUUAACUUGGAAAACAUGUGAAGCAUUCAAAUAAUAGAAUGUGGAAAAGGGAGAUGCUCUUUUGAUUAAGUGGUAUUGAAUACAAUUUUAGAUGAGGUUUUUGCUUUAUACCUUUAUUCAACUCGAGUCUGUAUUUAUGUUGUUUUUGGAACUAAUUCCUUUGGGAUACUUUGUUCCUUUUUUUAUCAAAUUUUAUAUAAUGCUACCACAUUCAAGAUGGCAUUCAUUAAUAUAUGGAGUGUUUGAAAAAUUGGAAAUGGAUGAGUACACUAAUAUAUUCUUCAUUUACUUUACAAAGAUCGUGAAAUACUUUUUGGUUAGAUUCUUAAAUGUACAUUGUUAUUCAAACAUCAUCAUAGUUAAUUGAAACCUGUAUCGAUUUGGUAAGAGUUGAAGAAUUGACAGAAUUGGAGAAGUAGGUUGAUCGCAUAAUGGAAAAGAUCCUAAAUAAAAAGCAAUCGAUAGAAGUGACUAAAUCGAAGAUCAGAUUUAGAAAUUCUGAAUUCAAGAAGCCUGAAAUCAAAUCUAAGAAGUUAUCUGUCCAAGCCAGUGUUAAGGAUAAGGGUCGUUUUGUUGAUUACAUUCUGUCUUACAAUUCCUCAAACAGUGAAUUAUAAUUCAUCUGUCCUCAGGACAAUGUCUGUGUUCAUCAAAGUAAUUGUAUUAUUACUAAGUUCAAGGGACUCUGAUAUCGAUUGAUAUCAAUUAGGACAAGUGUUUGAAGGCCAUAUAUACAGUAAAUGAUGGGGAUCUGGAUCUUAUGAAACUGAAGAAGUCGGAGGAUAUUGAUUUGUGGCUCAAACCUGUGAUCGAUAUGUUGAUUGAGAAGAUUUCGUAAUAGGAGUGAAUAUUGUUAUAAUAAUAUAAUAAUAAUG